AUGGUAUUCAUGACUAGAACAGCAGCUCGUCCCCUUGUCACAUUUGAGAGCUUCCGUUUAGCUGUCAACGGAACUACCAAGAUUCUUCUAGUGGCCAUUACCAUUCUUUCAAUUGCAUCAGUGGUUCUUAGUGUCAAUGACUGUUAUACAACCCUUAUAAACGAUUAUAACGUAUACCAUCCUGUUUCCAUGUACAAAGAUGAUCUCGGCUGGAAUUAA